AUUGGCGGCAGCCAUAUUUCCCUCGCCACUUAAAGUUGGUGAUUACACAAAGCGAAAUGUCUUUCUUUGAAACUCUCGAAAAGCUGUUAGGUACGAAAGAUUUGUACGAAGCACUAAAGCUAACUAAAUCAGCUUCUGAGUCGGAGAUAAAGCGAGCUUAUCGUAAAAAAUCGUUAGAAGUUCAUCCUGAUAGGGUUCCCGAAGCGGAGAAAGCGAGCGCCACCGAAAAAUUCCAAUGUUUGAGCAGAGUUUACACAGUUCUGUCUGAUCAAGACAAGAGGGCGUUGUACGAUGAAAGUGGGGAAGUUGACGACGAUGUUGUGGUCCAACAACGUGAUUGGGAUGCCUACUGGAGACUACUGUUUCAGAAAAUCACUAUGGAAGAUAUUGGAGAGUUUGAGAAAAAUUACAAAGGAUCAGAAGAGGAAGUGAACGAUCUCCGGUCGGCGUACUUGGAUUAUGAAGGUGAUAUGGACGCUAUCUUGGAAAAUGUGCUAUGCUCCACGAUCGGCGAUGGUGAAAGAUUCCGAAAAAUUAUUCAAGAUUUGAUUUCAAAGGAAGAUCUACCGACUUUCCCAGCUUUUGCAAAUGAGGAUAAAAAGAAGAAGAAAGCGCGCAAGCAAAAAGCUCAGAAAGAGGCAGCAGAAGCAGAGGAGAUGGCCAAAGAGCUUGGCUUAAAAGACAAAACUGAUGAUGGUCUGAAACAACUGGUUAUGAAACGGCAGAAAGAUCGGCAAGGGGCCAUGGAUGACAUGAUAGCUGGGCUGGAAGCAAAAUACUGCAAACCAAAAAAACAGAAAACAUCUAAAGGAAAGAAAAAAUAGUUUUUUUACCUGAAUCCAAAUCUGUACUGGGAUGAAAAAUUUAUAUAUCCUGGUAGGUUGUAUUACAGAAGGGUUGUCCUUCAGUUGCAUUCCAGUUAAGCUGGUUAUCAGUAUUUGACAGUAAAUCAAGGGAAUAUUUAUCAUCACAGUCUUUUGGUAUUAAUGUUUAAGUUUACACAAAAUUUACAUAUCUGGUCUGUAGAAAGUGAAGGAGUUUGUAUUUAUCUAGGUCAUAAAAUUUUCUUAGUGAUAACACGUUUUGCUCUGCCUGUUUUAUAAAAUUAUCUCAACCAUGCAACUUGUUGAAUUUUGUUAAAUAAUAAUGAUAUAAACAUAUUGUAUUUUCAUUAUUAAUUGUCAAGAUUUUGUCCACAUUUCCCCAAAUUUAGACCAAAGUGUAUGAGAUAUGCAAUGAAAAUUAUGCUUAUUGAGA